CUUGACUCGGCAUAUGCAGUGUGUUAGUGAUGGGUGGAGAAAGGGCUGUUUGCAGUCCAGUUGGUUCAGUGUGUUGAAGAGUGUGUUGUGCAUGUACAGCUGAGGGCAGAGGGCAUCAAAACCACAUGGAGAUGGCAGCCCUUCAGUAAGAUGUUGGAAACAUCCCUAACUUACAGGAAUCAUUGUCUUCAUUUUCAUCCCACAAGACUGAGCUGGACCGUUAAAUGCCCUCUCAAUAUAAAGGGCUAAAAUGUUUGUGGUCUCCUUGCCAAGAUGUCUACAGAUCUGUGUGUCUUUGGUAAUGGUGUCCAGACUACAAGGCAGGGUUUCAGCUCCGAUACGCGUGGAGGCCCCGGUUGAGCAGCCCUUCACUCUGAGCUGUACGCUUGUCAAGGCCAGAGGAGAAUCGGUUCAACAGAUCCGCUGGCUGGAUGUGCAGAACCAGACGUUAAUCACUUACCAGCCUGGUGAAAAAGACAGUGUGAGCGGACAGCAGCAUGUGGAGCUAGCUUCUUCACCACGAGAUGCCAGUGCCAUCACCAUCAAACGGGUCAGCUACAGGGAUGAGGGCUGCUACACUUGCAUCUUUGAUCUUUAUCCCAAAGGCUCAAGGGAAGGACAAACAUGCCUUACUGUCACAGCAUCGGUGAUCUCAGAGGGCAAUAAGACUGCAGUGGGUGGUAAACAAGCCUCUCUGGCCUGUCGGUACGGUCUGCCGGAGAAAGUCAAGCAGGUGCUAUGGAAGAAGAUUGUGAAUAAAGCAGAAUCCCGUGAAGUUGCAUCUUUUGCAAAGCAGAGUGACCCAGUAAUUGAAGAAGAGUUUGUGGACCGCGCGAGCCUGAGCCCUUCCCUGUCUGACACGCAGCUCACGUUAUGGCCGGUCCGAGCUGAAGAUGAGGCCUGCUACAUCUGUGAGUUCCACGUGUUUCCAGACGGCACUAAGAGCGCUAUAAGCUGCCUCACUAUAUUUGUCCUGCCCAAACCUCAAGUAAGCUACAAGACCACGUCUCCGGGAGUGAUCGAGGCUAACUGUACUGCCGUGGCCCGGCCACAGGCUGAAAUAGUGUGGAACGUGGAGGGGAAUAACCGGACCAUUGGUCCACCUGUCACCACCUCCAUCCAGCAGAGUGACGGGACGACUCUGGUCAUCAGCACCUUGACCAUCCAGGCUGGACUCCUAAAGGAUGUCUCUGUCAAAUGUCUCGUUCAUCAUAAAGGACUGGAGACUGCCAUUGCUGUUUCCAUGAACACUAAAAUUGGCACUGCGCUCGCUAUCCUGAUCUCUGUGACUACUGUAGCGUUUCUUCUAGUCCUCUGCCUCUGUUUCUGUUUGUGGAAGUGUGUCCUGCGUAAGGAUGAGCCUGAAGAGCAUCAGGUACCAAGAAGAGGCCGAGCAGAGAGAGAGACAGAUGGUUAAAUGUAGGCGUCUACACCUCUUCCUGUGACCUAUUUCUGCUUAACUGUGAUGACCUGUACUUCCUUCAACACAUAUUCUUCAGAUCUGAUCUACUGAUAUGAGAAAUCAUUCGAGUUUUUAUUUGUUGUGUGCUUUACUUGAUGUUACAGUUACAUCUGUGCUCGGUCUUGUUUCCACAGAGUAAAUCAUUUUGAUUGAGGCAGAUGACAAGCUUCAGGUCUCUUUACAAUAUGGAUAUGCUGAAGAUGGAAAUCUCCUGUCAUAGUGUUCCCUGCUUUUCCAGCCAAAGAAACCAGUGACACAUGUCUACAUGAGGAAAGACCCUACAUUUGGAAGAAUUUGUAAAUCUAUCACUAAUAUGAAGGUUGCAGAAGGCAUUUUAUCUCGAUUCAGAGGGGAGAUUGAUUAAACUUAGUAUUUGUAUGUUUUAAUACCCAUUUGAAGCCCUAAACGUAAAAAGACAAUAAAACAUCUCAAAACUUCUUAACGUCUUGAAUUCUAUGAAAAAAACAACAACAACAAACUAGCUGUUCACUCAAAGAAAGUGUAGGAAAACGCCAUUAUUUAAUAAUCAUUGUGAAUAUUUAAAAUCUAUUGAAGAAACUUUCAUGAUAUUGACACUUAUAUUAUGAUCAAAUACAUUCCUUUAUAGUUUAUAAUCUUGCUUUUGCCCUGUCCCCUAAUUUUUAAGGUGGAUGUAAGUCCAACGAGGUAGACUGAGCACUACACAGUUGUUUUUCACUCUAGACUUUGGAUACUAUUAGGAAAUCAUCAAAUAUCUUUUAGCUCAUUCUUUUUUAAUGUUUAAUGAUUAGGCAGACUGAACUAGAGAUGUAGAGACUAACUAGAACAAUUCAGUUCAAGUUCUUCUGUCCCAGAGCAAUGGUGGGAAAAGGGUCAUGACCAGCUUGUCAAAGCAUUCACUAUAUCAAUGGAAAUGCAUUAUCUGCAGUCUGGUGUGGAAUUAAGUGGAUCAGCUGCUUUCAUUACUGGGAAAUCAUGUUGCUUUGAUCUUUGUGUUAAUGCACAUGUGCAAUCCAGUGUAAUGAUAACAACUGAUCAAAAGUCAAAGUGUUUUUUUGACCUGUGCAUGUUAAAUGAUUCGUCGUAUUCCUGAGGAUGUGAGAGCAUAGGCCACACUUGAAUGAAAUAGUUCUUUCUGUUCAGUAAAGUAUGAAAUAAAGCUGUAUUUAUUGUGUGCUUCAAGCUGGAAAUUGUAAAUGAUAUUGACUUGUAUACAAGUAUAUAGUGCAUUUCUGCACCAAUAAGCAAAGGUAUCCACGCUUUGAUUUUAUUGAAUCUAUUAUAUCAAAUUCUGUUCAAUUAAAUGGUAUGGGCUGUACAACG